AUGACAGAAUCACUGUUGCAAUGGUGUACUGCUCAUAGCAUCCAACCUCGGCAUCCUUUAAUUGAUAUCCGUCAAACAGAUACGGCUGGGUUUGGUGUUUAUACCACUCCACUUGCCAAGACUAUUUUACCAGAAACUGUUUUAUCAAGUAUCUCGCUAACAAACUGUAUCACGGCUCAAACGAUAUUCAUAGAAUCACAAUCCAACAAUCCCUACACUCAGCAUCUGCAUCAAUCCAUAACUGCCCUUGAAUCCCUCUCAGCCCUUCAUUCAGAUCGUAUCUAUAUCAUGUUGUUUCUGAUUUGGGGAAAACGAUUCAAGCAAUAUCCUGACAUGAAAUGGUCAGUGUAUUUCAAUCAUCUUCCAAAGACAUUUACAACACCCAUUUACUACUGUCCAGAAUCAAUGGAAUGUUCACUAUUAGCCGGCACUCCAUUAUCUACAGCUACCCUAGCAAAACAAAGCAAACUUUUUAAAGAAUCCGUGUAUUACACUCAAGCCAUUAUUGCUUUGGGUGAGGGAGAUCAUCAUGCAGAUUGGUGUUGGGCAGAUGCAAUGGUUUGGAGUCGAUCCAUGUCAUUUCAUACAGUUGAUCCUUCUUUUGAAACAAAAUCCGAUUUACAUAUUGUGCCGGGAAUUGAUUUUUGCAACCAUGAUCAAACUCCAAACGCAUAUUGGAAAGUUUCUUCUGUAGACAACUGCGUGAAUCUGAUUGCGUUGGAUACGAUUGAUCCCGAUGUGCAGGUGACAAUAUCCUAUGGGUGCAAACCCAACUCAGAGCUAUUGUUUAUUCACGGUUUUGUUGUGGAUGAAGGCUAUUCCGAUUGUAUCACUAUCCCGUUGGAGUGUAUUGAGGCGAGUGUGGUAGAGACGGAUGAAAACGGGAUUAAAAAUCUCAAGGCAUUUAUGGACAGGAAACAAUGUGUUUUGGAUAUGUUGGGUAUAUCAAAAAUGGUAACUAUUGCAUCGAGUCAACCCGACAACUCACCCAACAACACGAACCCAACUCAAGGAAUUCUCGAUACCAAGGGACUGGUGACGGCGUGUAUUUGUUGUAUGGCUAUAGACGACGAGGUCAAUACUGAUCCAUCUACUAAAACUAAAAGUCAAGGGGCGAUCUGUCUUGCCGAAUGCACCAUCACACCAGCGACAACUGUGGACGAUAUGCUUCAACUACUCACUUGCUUACCCAACCGUGACAUUCUUUUCUUGCGUGCAUGGACUAUUUUGCUGCAGGAUAUUGAGGCCAGACUAAUAGUGAUGGAAGAAAACGAUCCUGUAGAUGAAGCUGAUCAAACCAAAUGGUCAGAGACUGUAAAACAUAUUAUUCAAUAUAGAAACGGUGCUCGUCGUGUUUUGUUUGAUGCGUAUGGAGUUUUUGCUGGGCUGCAAGAAGAGUAUGCCCAACUACCCAGCGUACAGACAUAUCUGAGUCAAAUGCAAAUAAACUAG